AUGGACUUGUCAUCCUACGCCAUUGAUCUGUCCCAAAUGCGCUACUCCGAUGCUCAGGACAGUAUUCUGGACCGAAUGUGGAAUCGGGAUGUGAAAAAGCUCCUAAACUCUUUGUUGGCAGAAGAUUUUCUUUGGAAAGGAGCCGAUUUUAAUGAGCUUAAAAUGGUUAAACACUUGUUCGACCCUUUCCUCAAAACACGUAUCUCCAACCUCAAGAAGACUGGGCAGAAGAAGGUCCUACAUAUCGAUUUGGAAAAGGUGGCGUUCCUGCUUAAAGAUGCCAUCGAUGACAUGGCCCGGCAUCGAGUUGAUGUUGCCAAGCUGAAGGUGUUUGGGAUGGUCAUGAUCGGGACGGGGGGAGUAAUAUACUCCAUGCAGCCGGUGGCCGGAGGCAUAUACUUGAUGAAGAACUAUGCCUUAGUGUAUGCCCCGCAGUUUCAGUUCGACCUCUGCGUUGUAGCAGGAGCCAUCAAUACCUUCCUGAACUUGCGUGAGGAGCUGGUCACCGCAAUGGAGAUCUUUCGAGCGUCGCGUCUGGAUAAGCCCACAAAUCUGACAAUGCCGAGUUUCGGAACCCCAAUCAGAGGAGAUGAUUAUAUUUGA